AUGAAGAAGAGGAAAGGAGAAGUGGUUGACCAGGAGGGAAACAUUUUGAAAAAGGCAAAGGUCUCUGACUUCGCGGAGGCGGAGGAAAACAAUAACAACAAACAUAGUCAACUGGUACGCACUGUGAAAGUGUUAUUACAGAAAGAGCAAACAAGGUUGUCUGGUAUGUUGAAGGUCUAUAUUCAAUGCAUGUCUUGUUGUUUUGAGGUACAUGUAUGGAAUUGGAAUUGCAAUUUUGUGUCUCAGAUGAUGUGUAAAAGUUGUAUCCCCGCUGUUCAAAAUUAGAUAGCCCUAUCCGCUGGAUAACUCAUUAUCCAGCGGAUGAGUGUUAGGGAAACCAGUUACGGUAUCCACAAAAGAGAGAUUUAUCCAGUGGAUAGCGUUAUUCACCCUUCAAACAACUCAGUCAGGCCCAGCUCACUCACAGUGGCCAUUCUUAUAGACAAUAAAAAAAGGCAUUUACCUCGUGUACCUGACACAGGUGACGUAAAACAAAAGAACAAAACCAGGAAACAUUAAGGUGACUCGACCCAGUUUUUUUUGGGGGGGUACCAUCCUACUUUGAAGCUCUCUGGUAUCCCCACCUUUACUUUUAUCGUAAGUCUAACACAUACAAUGGAUAACAUAUAGAUCAAUCUACAAUAUCACAGAAAAUUUUUGGCGAUCGGAGUAAAUGCCAUGUGGUUAUAAUGCCAUGCCCCUUUGAGGUCUGAGUCGAAAAUCUGCUGUUGCCGGCAUUUUUUCGUGAAAAUCUCUCGGCUACACAUAGUGUGCAUUAAUGCCUUGCACUGAACAGAGUUUCACCAAAAUCGCAAAGACCCAAUUCGAGAAAUUCAGCAGUUUCCAAAUUUAUGACAUAAUUUAUGCGAAAAUGAUAAGUAAUUAUAUGUAAUUUUACCCUCGGUAACUUGAAUCCUUGAUAACUCAAACCUCCCACUAACUCGAAGUAAUUUUUGUUUCCCCUCAGAUCAUUUCUAUAUAAAGUUACCCUCAAUAACUUGAACCAUGUUUUGAGCGCUUAUAAAGUCAGGAAAAAAAACAGUGUACAAAACAUCCAAAACAUUAAAUUCUGAAUUUACCAUUGACGUGCUGUAGGCAUAUAACUUACUAGUGGAGGCUAAUGUUGUUUGUCACAAAAUAAUGUAACAUGAAACAGCUUUGCUUCUCAAAACAGUUAAAUGCAUGCUCUAUUUAGGCUUUGUUUUUUUAUGUUACGUUUUGAUUUAUAUCCCAGAAGCAUUGUUCCAUUUUAACUUAUCAUUUUUACAGUUAAAUGUGAUCAAUAUGUUCACCAUACUGUAAAAACUGGUUUUUCCCUUGCUUUGGGCUAUUUGCCUCGAGUUCCCAAUAACUCAAACUCUCGAUAACUUGAACUUUUUUCAAUUUCCCAUGAAGGUUCGAGUUAUCAGGAGUUGACUGUACUUUCUUUUAUCACAGUAUAGUUAGUCAGUACAGGCUCUGGUUGUUCCAACGUUGGAUAGCGCUGUCCACCAGAUAAAUGGCUAUCCAUGGAUGAGUGUUAGGGAGAUCAAUAAAUAUUGCAUUAUCCACUAAACAAAGAUUUAUCCAGUGGAUAGCAUUAUCCCCCUUUCGAACAACUCAGUGUCCAGGUUACUUAGUCAGGGCUUCUGAUAUUUCGCGGAAAAAAAAGCAAAAUUUCGUGGGAUUUUCAGGGGCAAAUUCGCGGAAAAAUCGGCCGAUUUCGCGGGAUUUUCGCGGAAAAAAAGUCAAAAUUCGCGGAACAAUCGGCCAAUUUCGGGCGAUUUUCGCGGUAGAAAAGUCAAAAUUCACAGAAAAAACGGCCCAUUUCGCGGGAUUUUAGUGGAAAAAAGUCAAUUUUCGAAGGAUUUUCAGGGGCAAAUUCUUAGGAAAAUCGGCCGAUUUCACGCGAAAUUUCGGGGGGAAACUUCGCUAAGAAACAAUCAGUAAAAAACAGCCGAUUUCGCUGGGUCUUUUUUUGGCAAAUUUCGCUAAAAUCGAUCAAUUUUGCGUCGAUAUGACCAGCGUUGGUGAACGUUUUUUUUAACAGGGAUAAUCAUUUGCUCUUUCAACAACAGUUCGCUCGAGAAAUGAGCGAAUGUUAAAGCUAUUAACAUUAUGAUUAGUGCCCAGUUUUUCGCAACGUUCAUCUAAAAACGCCUGGUAGUUUUGGGACGUUGUUUACUUGUUGCAGUGACGAAGUUUCAAGCUAAAUUUGAAUUUUUGGGGUGAAUAAAACCGGUGUAAUAGCCAAGAUAAGUAUUAAAUAUGUUUUGCCGACAUGUAUUUGGAAAUAUUUCUGGCGAAUUUCGCGGUAUUUCGCGUUUUUUUGGGAAUUUCGCGGGAUUUCGCGGAAAUACCAGAAUUUCGCGGGUCCGCGACCGCGCGAAAUAUCAGAAGCCCUGCUUAGUAUAGUUACAGUGAGUAAUGUCCUUGUGGCAUUUAUUUUGGUGAUAUUAUUUUUAUUGAGGUUUGUCCAAGCUACGCAAUGCACUUAAAGAGUCACAAAACAAGGAAAGACUGACAAGCAUUGUCCAGGAAGGUGGAGAAUUUCAUGAGGUUUUCAAGAUUUUAGAAGGAGGCCGACACAGUCUUUCCCAGCUUGAGGUACAUGUAUUACUGUAAACGUCUAUAACGCUACUGCAAACUGAAAGUCAAAAUUGAUGCUCUAAAGUCACUAUUGGAUCUUUAUCAUGUACAGUACAUGUACUGGAAUGCAAAAUCUUAUGACUUAUCAAGCUGUCAAAGGUACAAAAGUAGCCAUUCAUUUGAGAGAAUUUGCAUGAAAAGUAGACUGAUAGAUUUAUUUUACAAAUUAUAAUAUAAUUAUUUUAUUCCAGAUUGCUUAGUAAUAAGCUGUGCUGCAUGUAAAGCCUGGAAACUACAAUAAUGAUUGUACCAUUUUCUGAGGAAAGUCAAUUGAUCUAGAUGAUCUUUAGAAACCAGCUUUGCAAUAGGGGUGAAGUUGAUCUCAGUAUUCUUUUUAUGUUAAGGCUGCUGUUUUGCACUUACAGACUUUAGAAAUCAAAUUAAAUUACACUUUUAGUUCUAUUUUUGUACUGAAAGCCUGUCUGAUCUGUUACAUGUACUCAGAAGAGCAGUCUCAAUUUGCAGUUAUUUACAUGUAUAAUAUCAAUAAAAUUUUCUUCCUCAGAUCCAAACAUGCCUGGAAAUCCUAGAGAGUGUUCUGCUCUUUACUGCAGGAGACAAGCAGUUAUCUACCAGAAUAGGGAUGACAAUAGUACAGCAAGUGCUGCAAAACCAUAUGAAACUUCUAUACACAUGUCUCCAUCCAGGGAAUCCCCCUGAUGUUAUCAUGACUACUCUAAGGUUGCUUACAGCGAUGGUAACACAAGGAGUGACAGCAGCAAGAGAAGUUCAAAGGUCAUUUGAUUUUACUUUGAAGGCCAUUGGUGCACUGCCAAACAAACGUGACCCAAAGGUUAGUAACAUGUGCCCUACUAAGGUUAGAAUUGUAUGAAAUAAACCAGAGGCAGUCCUGCUCUGGCCUCUUGCUGGAUUUGUUGAUGCAGUUGUCGCAAGUUCAAAUCCUCGGCCACACUUAUAUAUUUGUAAAUACCCAACUGGUUGGGGUUUUUAAUCCUAUUAUGUGCUAUUUUGAUUUUUUGUUUUUAUUAUUAUUUGAGUGGAAUGUUUAUCAACUAGCUGGAGAAGCUGAGUGCACUUUUCACUAUAAACAAGUAAUUUAACCUUUUAUAUUUAUUAAGUCUUGUAUUUUCAGGACCAUCGAACAAGAACAAAACAACAACUUUACUAUUCCCCAUAUUACUGUUUCCCAUACAACAAAAGUGCAAGAAUUAAUUUACUGGUACAAUAUGAUUGUAACAAAAGUAAAAAUACUAAAAAGGGUUUUGACACUGCUUAACCAAAUAUGUAGGUCAUAAGAAUAAUAAUUUUUUAUAAAGAAAAUGAUUCCUGAUAAUUAUAAAAUUGCCUUGGUUUUUUUAAAGCAAAUUUGCCUGACAUAGAAUAAAAAAUGUCAUAGAAUAGUGUAGGAAUAAUAUGCACAUUUGGUAUAUUUAUAUUAACAUUGUCAAUGAUAAUUCUUAGUAAAUACCAGUAGAAUGACGUGUGUGGAAAGAAGGACUCAGAAAAAAAGUUAAUUUUUCAAGUUCAAGAAGGGAAUUGAACCCACAAACCUUCUAGACACUAGUCAGAUGGUUUAAAUUAACAUCUACGCCACUGAGAACACUGGUGAUGAGCAGGUCAUUUGUGGGCUGACAUAAUUUUGGCAUUUCACAGUCUUAUUAUGUCAAAUGAGCACAUGAAUCUUGCAUGAAUAUUUGAAACUUCCUGUCUUUUUUAGUCAGCUCAAGAUGUAAGGACAUGCUUCAUUUACUUCUGUCUUUCAUUUUUGAUGUUUGGCGAACUAGCUGUCGUGAAGCAGAUCCUAGAACUCAAAGGUAUGUAACCUAUCCAUUGUUUUGUUUAUUCUUUAGGAAAUAAUUCAAUAUUUAAUUUUCUUUAUAAAAAUUUGUAUUGUAUUGUAUAUGCACUAACAUCAAGCACCUUCAUAGAAUAUUAAAGCAGGAUAAUAAAUAAAACAGCCAUUUAGGCGUGCACUUAAAUGUUUUGAAAAUAAACUGAUGUGUGGGUUUACAAAAAUUAGACUACAUGUAAGUUAGCAGCCCCACCUCGUGAAGGGCAGGUUACAGAUCUAUGCAGCAUUUUUCCAGUGUGGUAAUUAAUAAAAAUGUGUCUAAUAAUUUAUGGUUGAAAUAUAGUGUAGCGAUUUUAAGUGAUAUAAUGUAAGCAAAAACAUGUGUAGUCAAAUUUGUAAUCAUAGCUUGGGGAUUUCAAGCAGUACAAAACAAAGUAUUUUUGGAGUUACAUGUUGUACGUUUGUCUUACUUGUCUGUCAAGUUUUUAGUCAUCUAGGAUGAUCAGACGACUGCAAAUACGGAUCCCUGUUAUUACACUGUACAUUACUACAAUUUUAGAUCUCUUAUACACUUUGAUAUGUGUUCUUCAUAUUUGGAACUAUUUUGAGAGUGUUUUCAUAAGGGUAGAGAAACGCUUUUUAUCAUCUGUAAUCUAUAUUUAAACUCAUGUGAACCUGAUACUCAAUUUGUUGAAGAGUCUGNUGAUGAGCAGGUCAUUUGUGGGCUGACAUAAUUUUGGCAUUUCACAGUCUUAUUAUGUCAAAUGAGCACAUGAAUCUUGCAUGAAUAUUUGAAACUUCCUGUCUUUUUUAGUCAGCUCAAGAUGUAAGGACAUGCUUCAUUUACUUCUGUCUUUCAUUUUUGAUGUUUGGCGAACUAGCUGUCGUGAAGCAGAUCCUAGAACUCAAAGGUAUGUAACCUAUCCAUUGUUUUGUUUAUUCUUUAGGAAAUAAUUCAAUAUUUAAUUUUCUUUAUAAAAAUUUGUAUUGUAUUGUAUAUGCACUAACAUCAAGCACCUUCAUAGAAUAUUAAAGCAGGAUAAUAAAUAAAACAGCCAUUUAGGCGUGCACUUAAAUGUUUUGAAAAUAAACUGAUGUGUGGGUUUACAAAAAUUAGACUACAUGUAAGUUAGCAGCCCCACCUCGUGAAGGGCAGGUUACAGAUCUAUGCAGCAUUUUUCCAGUGUGGUAAUUAAUAAAAAUGUGUCUAAUAAUUUAUGGUUGAAAUAUAGUGUAGCGAUUUUAAGUGAUAUAAUGUAAGCAAAAACAUGUGUAGUCAAAUUUGUAAUCAUAGCUUGGGGAUUUCAAGCAGUACAAAACAAAGUAUUUUUGGAGUUACAUGUUGUACGUUUGUCUUACUUGUCUGUCAAGUUUUUAGUCAUCUAGGAUGAUCAGACGACUGCAAAUACGGAUCCCUGUUAUUACACUGUACAUUACUACAAUUUUAGAUCUCUUAUACACUUUGAUAUGUGUUCUUCAUAUUUGGAACUAUUUUGAGAGUGUUUUCAUAAGGGUAGAGAAACGCUUUUUAUCAUCUGUAAUCUAUAUUUAAACUCAUGUGAACCUGAUACUCAAUUUGUUGAAGAGUCUGGUCAAGAAUUGAGACUCACAGCAGACUGACUAAUCACUCUUGAACAGUACUGUGACAUAGAACCUCUGCUGCACAUACAUGCUUGUUUCUUGAAUUCAUGUUGUUCUUUCCUCCUUGCUAGGAUUCCUUCAAUCAAUAAUGAAAGGACUGUCGUCUGAUGUGCCUCCUGUGGUUCAUGUUGUCUUAUCCACUCUUCAAACAAGAGUAAGUGUCCUUCAACACUACAGAGCAAUACCAUUAUUUUCAUCAGUUUGUCCUUAUUAGUUUGGUUUAUUUAACUACAACUACAUGAAAACCCUUUUAGCUCAUGCACUGUGACUUCAGUACUGUAAAUGACACAUUACUUCAUUUAGUGUCUACAAGCAGCGGCUUUUAAUAAACAGGAAGUUGAUUUCUUACACAUGUAUUUUGCAGAUUGGGAGGUUCAAAGUAGAUUACACUUACAUUAGUUAUAGCUUAUUGUUUUGUAAAUUAGGUGAUAACUUAAGGUACAAAAAAGGUCCCAUCUUGUUGUCCCAGAUGAGUAGUUUUUCUUGCUCGGCAAGUAACUGUUAAAGCUCACUUGCCCCAACUAAAUCAUUAGCUAAGACUGCAAGCAAGCAGUUACCCCAGGCUAGGCAAGCAAAAACGAAUGAGAUUCUUGCCGAAAGUGCAAGCUACGUGUACAAUUCAAGUUUUGUUCAGGUGCUGUUAUUAUUAAUCUUAAUAAUGAUAAUAAAUUAUUUUUUUGAUGGAAUAUUUUGCAAUAUCAGCUCAGUUGUUAAAAAGCAAUAAAGUUACUAACUUGGAACAAAUGCCGCUGAAUGGUAGUCAACAGUUACCAGCACUAUACAAACAACUUAUGGAUGGAAUCAAGCAAAACUGACUACGAGAGAACGAGUGGACAACUGACAAUUUGACCAAUGGUAAACAACUGUUUAACUGUGACAAUAGACAGAUCGAAAUGCACCAAUAACAUUAAGAGUCUUCACAUCCCAUAACAUCAUGGCUUAACUGACAGACAACCAAUAACACUGCCAGUCAGGACAAUAACCAGAGUAUAAUAUCUUCAACUGACGUGAUUCAACUCACUUUGACUCUGAAGAUGACUACCAUACAGGUUGUCGAACGUCAUUCACUGUCAACAACAACAGUCCUAUUCAGGACUGCGUUCACCCAGACGAUCAUACUCAACUCACUUAUGAAAUGAUUCCUGGGUUCAAACCUUUCACAUUAUUUUUUUUUUUUUUGGAGACAAUAAGAUAUCGAUGUGCAAUGUUCUAGAAAAGGAUGAGUCAUUUAAGUGUACUGUCUUUUGCCUCUAAGGUGGUGCAAAGUACUGGGAUAUCAAAGAAAACAAAAGUACAGUUCUUUAAUUCUUUUGUGCUUACACAACUGGCCAAUCUAUACCAAUAUGCUAAAGAUUCUGAGGAAGAGAAGGAGCAGUCAAUACGCCAAGCAGUGCACGAGAUCUUACUGAAAAUUUGUGGCUCAUUCAAGUUUGGGAUUUGUUUUUCUAACACCUCUGGUGCAUUUACUACUAAGUAUGCGUUAAUUUUAUUAACAUGCUGAACAGUGUUAUAUAUAGUUUAAUUUAAUACAUGUAUGGAAGAGGGCCUUUGAGGUUAGGUUGCUUCAUGCUUCCUUAAUAGCAUAUGUAGACUCAAGACCACUCCUAAUGAUGAAGAAGAUGCAGAAGACUGCACUAGUCAAAAGGCUUUCUUGGUUUUGCUUUUAGCACAACAUACCCAAUCUUGGAAAGCCGUUCUGCAGCAGAAGCUACUGUAUACUGUAUUAAAAGCCACUUUAGUGCUUAUAACUCCUCAAUGUUUACAAAAUGUAUCUUUAGAGUAGUUUUUCUUCUUCCUUUUUUUUUUUUGCAAGGUGGUGACAUAAAACCAUGCAGCUGAAUUUCUGGCAAACUCUCGAAGGGUUAAUGGGCAAAUAAUUUCCAAUAUCUCUCUUUUUUUCUCAGAACCAACAACCCAGUGUUGUUGAGAUUCCUUCAGAAUUUAUCUUCUGCGAUGGUCAGUGAUGUAUUGGUCCAAGAAUUGGUGAUAAAAGUGUUAUGCUGUUGUCAAGAUAUUGUCAAACCUUUUCUCUCAAGUUUGACAGUGACAUAUGAGCCACGGCUUUCAUUACCUUGGGUAUCAAACGUGAAUUUGUUGACAAAGGUAAGCAAUAUUUCUACACGUAUUUACUAUGGCACAUCAAACAUUGUUUUCACUUCAAGUCUUCUGGGUGAUUGCAAUUUUAUUUUCAGAUUUAUAUGGCAUUGCCACAGCCUUCACAAAUGAUAGAGAAAACCAUUUUGAAGAUUUCUUCACGAGUGAUGCCAUCAUUUAUAAAUGUGGUCAUACCGCCUGGAAUCAGCCGAACAGUACUAAAUCGUGGAGUUCAGGUAAGUUAAUCCAAACUCUUAGAAAUUUAAAAAAAUGAAUUUGUAAGAACUUAAUUUUACCUAGUAAUUCUUAGCUUCCACAUUGUUCUCCGUAUUCUUAUUUUAGGUCUCACAAAGCACUGUACAUGAUGACAAAGCAGUAUCGAAUAAUGUUCAGUUUAAAAUUUGCCCAUGUUUGACAAAAUCCCACCCGCGGUUAGUCAUUUUGACUGGCGUGGGCAGAUGAAAUACCAAAGACUACCAAUUUGAAGCAUUUUGAUUUGCGCACACACAGGCUUAAACCCAUUUGUUUCUAAACCGCCUGUAACCGCCCGCGCAGAUCCAUUUCCCUAGUACCGCUUGUGACGUCAUCAGAAUUACUAGUCUUUAGCGCCAAAUAGUGAUCAUAAAACGGCUCUACUAGUUUCAAAUGGUAUUUUUCGGAAAACAUUCCCUGGGCGAAUGGGUUAAAGAAAUUAACCAACAGUCUGUCUGGUUUGUCUAACUAAACUUUUCGACCUAUGUUGGUGUGUCUUUUUCUAAAAGAAGACUUAUUUACAUUCCUAUGAAUCUUGGUUUUCAUCUACUUAUAGCAAGAAUAGUGCCAUACUGCUUUCUGCUAUUCACAGUGUACCAUUGUAAAUGCUGUAAUAAACGACGAUUCGAUUUACAGGAUAAAAAAAACCUUUCACACACAAACUUUCGAUUCCAUCGCGGAAUCUUUUUCAAGUGAUGGGUUUGGGCGUUUUUGCACGUGAUUUAUACUGUGAAUCACGUGACAAAACGAUUGCACAAAAGAUUCCGUGAUGGAAUCCAAAGCUUGUGUGUAAAAAGUUUUUUCCUAUCCUGUAAAUUGAAUCGUCGUUUAUUAUAUCACUAUGACUGGAAUAAGUAACCCUUUUUCGCUAAGAUUGUAAAUGCUAUUUGAAUUUGAGUAUUCAUGGCUUUUCGUCCACUUCUACAAUAGUUCGUACGGCACUGAUCAGUUUUCUGUAAACUUACACACGUAAUUAUCAUAUUGCCUUCUCUUCAGCAUGCAAGUUCUCUGGUAAAGCACACAACUCUGUCCUUACUGGUAGUGAUCCUUGACAGAGCACAGAACACUGCCGAGUGUCUGGCUUCCAAGAGUGGCACAGCAGUUGAUCAUGAACAGACAGAAACAACUUUGCAGCAGCAAUUUAGAGAGGAGGUUCUCAAGGCUUUGCCUGAUCUUAAAACAGUCAUCUCCUUGAGGCAGAAUCUUAUUGUUGGUAACUCAAAAGAAGAUGUCGAGAAAGGUUUGAUGCUUGUCACUAACAACUUCAUCGCUGACAACUCUUUCCUAAAUCUGUACAUGAAAAAUAGCCGGGGUGUAGCACAGUGUUGCACAUAAUAUACCGACAUUUCCAACAUGUUGAUCCUUCACAAGGCGAAUGAUAAUCUUUUCGUUUGUGUGUUAGCCAGCAUAAGCAGGGUUCUCAAUUGAAGCCGUAACCCGUAACACCUGUCACGCGGUAAGUGUUACGGCUGUCAAAGCGUAUCGACCAGUAGGUCAAUAUCAAAUGUAAAUAAAAGAACGUUUUUUUGAGUAAAUGCCUUUGUAAAGUAUUGACUGUUAGUUGCUUUUGCAAUGUACCUUUCUUCGGUGUUAGUUGUCAAAAUUAACAGCCUUUCAGCAGACCAAAGACUAACCGAACAAUCGUUAUGCUUCGCGAAGUCUCUACAACCUUGAAAUGGGGCCGCCAUAUUGAAUUUGUACAUUUGAGCCCAGGCCCCUCGCAGAUGUCAUCUUUUCACUUGCAAAAACAUGGCCGCUGCAAAGCAUUUCUGAGCAUCUGAAAUCAAAUUUUUCCCGGGGAAGCAUGUCAUGUGUUAGGCCUGUAAGUGGCACAGCAACGACAGUACAAAAUUCUAUUGAGAACCCUGAUCAGGUGCUUUAUAACGCCUUGCAAUAGAUCAUUAAAUUCGUACAAGAAUUUAGGCAUGAUACCUACAGUUUUUAAAGCAUCGCGCGCUACAAGAAACGUGACCUGUGCUACAGGAAUCGCAUAGCACGCAACGCAAAUCGCCUUCUUCUGAAGGGUGGUAACUUGCUUUUGAGUGGUGAUGUAUUAGCCAUACACCCCUUAGAUGCAUUAGGUGGAUCCAUCCAUCAUAUCCAUCCAUCCAUCAUAUUUGUAAUUUGAAUGGAGUAUAUGUGCAGUUUGGCAUUAAGAGGGCUUAGUAAGAAGUAAGUAAUGUGACGUUCCUUUCCUUUUCUACAGAUGUUACAAGUCCUACCAUUCUGCUUGCGCAGACUCUUAAAGUAAUCCAUGGAUUCCAGACGCUCUGGCCUUCAGUCCUCUCACACAUGGACUUUGACCUUAAGAAACUGUUACCAGGGCAACAGGAGAUCAAUUUUCCACCUAUCGCUCAACAGUUGACUUUACAGAUUCUCCUGGAAACGCCAGCUGGGAGCUUGAAGUGGUAUCAACAGGUGACGUUAUUCAGAGAAACACCGGUAUUGUAAAAGAUUAGUGAUUGUAGUGUUUCUUCAUUUGCACACGUAACAUUCGCCAUAAUGAGAAGGGAACUGGGACCGAAAUGCGUCCUGUAAUUGUUUUUGGCAUAGUUACUGUAGACGCGCCUGUCAGCUUUUGGCCAAUAGGUUACUUCGGAGUGUAAAAAACCCUCACUUUCAAAACGAGGCCAAGUACACAACCUUUCUUGUGAAAAUGGGUUUUAUUUGCCUGAGAAUGAAAAAUCAUUUCCAUAUUAAAGGCUGAGCAUUUAACCUCGUUUUGAUACAGAGGCCCGCGGGAACUUGGAAAUGGCCUAUUUUUUUAGCCCGUCCUUAGUAAUAGUCCUAGAAGUCCGAAAUGAAAGUGAACUCGUUUCUAACCCUUUAAGCCCUGAUGGUGACCAACACCAAUUUUCUCCUAACGAUAUCCGCACCUUGUCAAGAGAUAAGGUUAUGAGAAUUAAUGAAAUGAUCACUAAAGAGAAAAUGCUUUAAUCUUUUAUCAAAUUCUAUCAACUUAUUCUUUAAAGAAAUGUAUAGAGAUCAGUUUGGAGAAUUGGUAUGUGGAUAUUGGAGCUUAAAGGGCUAACGUGGCGAAUGUUGAUCGAAGGCUGAUUCAGUUAGCUUAAGAAAUACGAUCUGUAUUUUGUCAAACACCCUCUGAUAGGAGUGUAUACAACUAGCCCCCUAUCACGACUUUUUUUUUUCACACAUUUUUCUUUUAUUUUUUUUUAGAAAGCAAAGAGUUCAACAUCGUUUGUAUACUCAGUUCUCAGUUUAUACACAUCAACACAAAGUGAAAGCAUCAAGAACAAAGCUAAGGAACUUCUCUGGAAGGUUAGAGAAAUUGUCCUAGUAGAAAAUGUCAUGAACAUAGAUCAAAGACAAUGCUACCAGUCCUUUACGUUAACGCCAUGUUCCAUCACACACGUUUUUCUUUCUUUCAAAACGGUGUGAUAAUAUAUAGAUUUAGCCAGGGCUAAAAGCGAAGCUCUCGAUAAUAUGUAUAGUUUGUUCAAAAAAAAUAUAAAAUCGUGUAAUGCUAAGCGGCGAAGGCAACGCUGGAGAACGGUGAAAAACAACAAUGGGUCUAAUUAGCACAAAAGCAACUUUGCACGUGCAGCACACUUUUUGUGUACAUUUCUUUGCCGUUGUUUUGCACGACUACAACGUGAGACUUCCAGAAACGUCUUAGUCACACGUUUUAAGGGGGAAAUGUCGUACGUUUUCUCGUUCACUUUUUUUUCACUGCCGCUCAUUUUCACCUUGCAUUGGUGGCCGCUAACAGUUCUCAUUUUGUCACCGCCGUUACAAAAUUUUCAUGUUGUUCUUCCAACAAAAAAAUGUCUCCUUUGUUUUUUAUCUUUCGCUCUAGAUCUCUGUCGCCCUUUUUCUCGUUGACCUUCGCUGGCCUGCCGCCUACUUUCUCUUUUUCUCUGUGUUUCUCUUGCUCUGUGUUCCAAAUUUGUGGACAUGACGAUUAAUCUAAGCUUAAUACUUUAGAAAGCACGGAUACAGAGACAAUUGCCGCUUUCUUCUUCAUUGGCUCUUUAGUUGUCUCUGCUUUAAAAGACGCGGGUGGCUAUGCGAUUUACCGUCAAAAUAACCUCGAGUUGCAUUUGGGUUGCCAUACCUGUUGAUUGAGUAUCUCCGCUGUUAUUUCUCUUUCAUAAAUGUGAGGUAGAAAAACUGCUUCUUGUCUCCUCAGCUUCUAAAUGAAAGUGGACUGGUAGAGAGUCACACUUAUGAAGUGGACGCAUGGUUGAUUCAGCUGCGAGAAAGUCAGACGAAUGAUGGACAAGCAGAUUCACUUCUGAGGUUUCUAGAUGAAGUAUUCUGUGCAGUGGCCGCUGAACCAUAUGAGUACACAGACAUUGUAAUAGAAAUGCAGGCACAAGCAGCAGCAGCCGAGGCUAGUGUGGCACAGACUGGGGUCGAGUCAUCACAGUGGAACAUGUCUAACACAAGGUCUGUCAGAACUGUAGUACGCAAGGUUGUAUAAUUAUUGAAACAUCUUUCAUAUCUAUUUUCGUACGUAGAAAUCUUUCAGUUAAAGACCGUCUAUCCCGUAUUAGUAAAAUUUUACUAGUAUACGGUCGUAAAUUGGCUGACGUACUCACUAUCGGUUUGUAGAUACUGAGCGGUAAAAACUGGGUCAUUGACCAAUAAAUACUUUGUCCUUAUUUUUUCUGUCCUUGCGAAAGAAUAAUGGUGGAGCUUAAAUGAAACGAUUAGAAGGCGAACUCGAGAUUUCUCUCGGCGGUUAGUGGACGAGUUACAAAGCCAGCAGUUAAGACGCCUUAGACCUUCAAAAUGUUGGUAUGCGCAAUUGUGCAACACUUCUGACUUCUAUAACUCCCAAUCAAAACACCCAUGCAUAAAAUCAAUAUGUUACUUACUUCGUUCGAAAUUCUUUUACCUUAAGGUAUUUCUUUUGUUUCAGACUCCCCGUCAGUCUAUUGCUCAUUGGAGCGUUAAAACGUUAUUCUGAACUUCUCUGUGAAAUGAACAAUCAUAGUGACCAGUCAGCUGCGAGUAAUAUAGGUGGGUACUUUACGUCACAGUGUUGUUUGAGGAAAACAUACCCAAGUACUGAGAAACCUCUAUAAUACAGUCAUGCUAGGCCAAGUGUACCCGUAUAGAUUCUAUUAAUGGAUUCAAUCAUUUGUUGAAAAUGGUAUGGGCAAUUCUACAACACGAGGACAGCAAGGGGGCGUAGUGGUGACAGCAGUCGCCUCCCACAAUGUGGUCUGGGUUGAAAUCCCGACGUCGACGCCAUAUGUGGGCUGGGUUUGUGAGUUUUUCUGCGGAUACUUUGGACACUCUCCUCAAAAACCAACACUCCCAAAUUCCAAUUCGAUCUGGAACGCACGGACGCCUUUUAACGAUUUCUGAAGAACCCUUUAAGUGCUUCGUGGGUAAACAAAUUACAACUUAUAAUUUACAAUUUAUGUAAUCCGUUAGUCGUUGUCAAAAUCAGAUUCAUUUCUUCAUCCUUGCAUACGUAAUGAGCAGUGACUUUACACGCGUGAUGGAAAAAAUUUCUGCUAGCUUCACUUUCUUUUUGAGUUCAAUCUGUACUUUUCAUAGGAAUUUUCAUCCAUUUAGAAUGUGAAAGAUUUUUCAGUCUGUUCGAGUAGAAAGAAGUUGUAGGCUUACAUUCGCUACUCAUUAAGCAUGGGGGAAUACAGUCGUGAAUUUAACACCAGUGGCGGUAAAGACCAGUGGAUUCGCGGCUUUUAAAAUAGUCAGUUCGUUCGUAGAAUUGAGGGGUACGUUUGCCCUUGCUUAUCAGUAAGAGGGAAAGAUGAAUGUCGUUGCCUAGAUCCUGGUAUAGGAAAAAGAGAGAAAGAACGUGUUAUGCUACAAUUGCUUUCGGCACUAGAUUUUACUUGAUUUUCUUGUAGAUGUUAUAUAUCUCUUGCAAAAUUUAGUUAUACUUGUAGCUAACAGUAAAAUAUUGUUUCAAAAAUGUCUGAUUUUACUAUGCUUGGGCUGACACUUGUUAACGUGGGCUUAAAUACCAAGAGGACAUGCACAAUGCUUAUAAAGAGACACUGUCUGCUACCAGUCCCCUCCACUAGGACUACCGCGAGAAAGAACAUUUUAAGAGCCAGCGAACCAGUUCCUUCUCUCUUUGUUCUCUUCCUACACUCUCGUUGUGACAGCUCGCUUUGUACGUCAGUUGAAAAAGGACUAGCAUCUAUCUAGUUAUGAAGCAUUCUUUAUCUUAGAAUCUUUUUAUUUCCUAGGAGGCGUUGCACGAUACAUGAAUUGUUUGGUCUUCGAGAUGAUCCACAUUUCUGCAAAUCCAGCCAUUCUCUGUUUCGCCGUUUGCCAUUACUAUACUGAUAUGGUAGUAGCGGACCAUAUAAGAAGUCUGCAUGUAGCCUUACUGCAGUAUGUAAGCAACUUGCUUCCUGGUGCGGUUCAGAUGCAGGACAGAAUUGGAUGUGCACAAGAAAAUCUACAGAAACUGCAACGUUUUUUGAACAAUACCGCUGUAGACAGCCAGCAAGGUAAUUUUACGAAAGCUGCAAAGACUUAAUAGCAUGUUAACGUUAUAAAAAACCUUACAACGCGUUUUGCAUUAUGGCUGUUUCAGCUCUGGUGAAAUAAUAAAUGUAAUUUGAACUCUAUUUUUUAUGCUAGGGAAGCUUUGUACUUACAAUUUCUGAUUUAGUUCUAUCGACAUGAAAUCUUACCAUUCACCAUAAACAGUCUAAGCUAAAGCACCUUAAAGACACUCCGAAGAGACCUCGUUCGUUUCAAGAAACAAUGGCGACAGCGAGCGACAGUGCCAAACUUUCCGUAAUCAAAUUCUGUGAUCAAAUUGUAGUAUUUGCCCUUCGGCUUAUGUCUCCAUCCGAGGUGUUUCAAUAUGCCAGCAGAUGAGAUGAGCUGGCAUGCAGUAGCCUCGAAAAUUAAGAACAAGACGUAUGAGUCCUUACUGUGGAAAUAACAACAGUAAAGAGCGAUUCGUCUCUGACAUUAUAGCGCAUUUGGGAUAAGUUCUGUCCUCGGUUGUUCAAACGCUGGAUAGCGCUGUCCUCGGGAUAAAUCACCAUCCAACAGGAUAAGUAUUAGGGAAACCAAUUGCGUUAUCGAGUGGAUAGAGAUCGUCGUCUUUUUUUUUCUUUUUUGGAGAUAUGAGUGAAAGAAUGAAAGCAUUUUUAUUGCACCCAAAGUGUGCCUAUGUGUUUGUUUUUGUUGUUUUGUCUUUUGUAGAGAAAAGAGCAGCGGCUAUUGAAUUGUACUGUCUCCUGGAGGCACUGAAUGAAGCGCAGUUCAGAACUGUUAUUGUCGACUGCGUUGAAUUUUGCAAAGAUCAACUCAGUGCAAAUUUCUCGCCACUUGCCCAAGUUUUGCAAGUCAAGAAUUACAAAAUCACAGGUGAUAACGUAUGAUUUAAGGUGGCUCGACCCAGUAUUUUUGUAGGUACACCUUCCAUCUUUGAAUCUCUUAGACUUAAACAAAUUUAUCUUUAUUUUAAAACCAUCAUAACAAAUGUAUUACACAUAGACUUAACUUUUUAUGAUAUUAUUUUUUGGGCGAUCGGAAUAAAUAUCAGGUGACAAUGAUGUCACAAUAGUUUGAGCUCUAAAUCGAAUCGCAGCCCUUAUCGGCAUUUUCGUUAGAAACGAGAAAUGCGUGAAGCUACCUAUACUUUUUUUGGGGGGGAGGGGUGGGUAAAAGAAUGGGAAGAUGCCGAGAGGGGUGGGGAGGCGAUUAAUCGAGGGACGGCUAUUAUUCGAGGAAAUGCGAUAAUUAAAAAAGCCACUCUUGGAGUACCAGGAAGUGGUUGGCGCUUAAUGGAGAUCGGUCGCUCUUUAGAGUUUCGUCAUAAAUUAGGGAGCUUGAGUAAAGAUGUUUUUUGAGCGACGCACUCCAACCAGAAGUAGACUUUUGACAUUCGUGGUCAGUGAUUUUGCUCCAAGUUUUGGGUAAAUCGUCUCUAUAAUAGUAAAGACACUUAGCAACACAAAUUUGGUAGCGUCAAAGCAUAUCAAAAGCGAAAAGGCUUGACUUUUGGUUGACGUGCGUCGCUCAGAAAUGUCUUUGCUCAAGCAUCCCCACUUUAGCAGAAACGUUACUUCAUUUUGAAACAAAUUCGCGACGGGAGCAGCAUUACUGGUCCACAGUCAGUUCUCACUUUCCAGAUCGGACUAAGAGUGAUCAGCAUCAAAUUUCUGCUUGUAAUAUCAGUGCUUCGUAAAACAGUGGUCAUGAGAAUUACGGACAUGAUGACACAAGAUGAAUUUGCUUGAUAUUUUAUCAACUUCUCCCCACUACUUCUGUAGGAAAUGAAUAGGGGCAACAAAUGAGAAUUCCAAUUUUGAUCUUAGGGUUUAAAGGGUUAAAUAAGUGGCUGCUUAAUCGAGCUUCAACUGAACAAGCUGAUUACUAUAAGUAAAUUACUCUUUACCGAUAGGUGGUUAAUAAAUUUCACUUUAAUUUGACAAGAGGUUCUUUGGGCUUAACAUUUAUUUCCCUUUCUUUUAUCACCCAGGCGGUGCAACUAUAGAGAGCUUGGCUCCUUUGCUCGGAGUGCUUCCAUUCAGUUCCCUUGUGUGGCAAGUACUAAGUGGGACAGUUUACGAUGAGUUAACACUUCUUGAUAAGCUUCCCUCGAACACCUCUUGCAUAGUAAAUGGCAGUUCAAGUCUCCUUUACGACUCUUGGUUCCAGAAUCUCUUGAUGGGUUCUUUGAAGAAAGAACCGAUGUCAAAAAGCGUCCCUCUUUGUCGGUAUCUCCUCCUACAUUUACACUCCUUGAAAUCAAAACUGUUAACUGUCGUCGUUUCAGUCAGUCAAGACAAUCUCCAAGCUGCAAUAUUGUUGUGUUUUGAACUGCUUCAGUCUCUGAUACAAAGAUUGGUAGAAAUCCGAGAGAAUUCACACAAAACAGAUACAAAUGCACUUGACGCAAAUAGUGAUGAUUUUGCUCAAAGUUCAGAUAUAACGCAUACUGUCUCUGAAACCCAUGAUAAGGGUUUAAGUGACAUGGAAUACCUGAUCCGCACUGUUUUCCACCAUCCUGUUAUGCUAAGCUGCUUCCUUUGGUACCCAGAGCAGUCACUGCCUCGCACCUCUCUACAGGAUGUUGCUGUUCAGCUUACUUAUCAUGUAUCCAACCUGCUUCUUGCUCUGCUCCCAAGUCUAACACGGCAGCAGAAGAGAAUCUUGAUGGCUCCUUUUGUUAAGAAGUUAAUCAGUGCUGGAAUGUCCGAAAUUCAAUCUGCACAAGAUGGAAAUGGUAAUAAAUAGUAAAUAUGCGUACUUUGAAUCGGUAGCUUUAUGCAUGGAAGAAUGGCUCUCCCUUGCACAACUUCCCUAUUGUUUAAGCUUGACAGCAUUUUAUGGGGUUUCCAUAGAGUGGUUCUUGUGGGUCAUUUGCACGAUGAUGUCAUUUGACUAAAGCUUCUAGAAUCCUUUAUUUUUUAUGUGCAAAUCAAGACUAUUGUUUUCAAAACUUAGCGGGAUUUAAAAAUUUAAAUAGGAAAGCACAAUUCUGGUGGUUUUAGUUAACUGACGUCAUCGUCAAAAUGGCCCCCUAUUGUAGUAAUAUUGUAAUUGUAUUGCUAAGCUUAGUGAUUGGCUGAAACAUAUCACGCCCCACUUGCUACACCAAUCACUAGCUAACUCAAAAGCAUUCUUGACUUACUUGCCGUCAUUUUUCCGCGCUUGGUGUUGUCUGCGAUUGUUUCAAUAUCUCACCUAGACUGGAGACCGAUUUGACUUGACUACGUAUGAAAUCAAAGCUAUGUUGUUGUUGUUUAAAAAAAAAUCACGGGAAACUAACGUGCAUUUAUUCCGUUACAGAGACGCCAUCUUCACAGACAUUCUAUCUCCUUGGACUCUUCCAUAGCUAUUGCGACAAAGAAGAACAAGUGAAGUUUAUAUCCAGUUUGUGCAAGCUGCCUCCCAGCUUGUUGUUGGCAACAGAUUCGUCAUCCAACGAGAGGACGCCAACUGCGUUUCUUCUCACUCUUCUGAAAUUCUUAGAAGGAACAUCACCAUACGAAGACAGAGAUUCUCAUCCGUCAUUCACUUUUUGCAAAAAUGUGAUAUUAGAGAGAGAAGAACAGCUUUCGGUGUCGCAUUUCAUGCAGCUUGUUAAGAUUUCAAAGGAUGUAAACUGUCCUCAAUUAGACUCGAUUAUUUUGAAACUCAUGCAGGCGUCUUUGAAAUAUGUGCAAGCUUCAACAGCGGCUGUCCUAAAUUCUUGUCUUUUUCACCCAACAGAAGUGAAAGUUUCAAUCGCCUCAUAUUUGGUCACGCAUUCUCCUGCUUUGAGGUCGCAUUUUGAACUUUGUUGCUUGAGCAGAUCAAAUUCCAGGAGGAAAGUAAAAGGGAGUAAUAGUAGUUCAGUAGUUUCUAUAGAAUUCAAGGAUCAUUUGAGAGAAUUCGUUCCGCUAGUUUCAUCCUACCUUUUGUCCGUACGUGGAGUGACUGGUGAUGGUAAGUUUAGUGUAUGUUCGUUGACUAACUGACAAUUCGGCCCUUUAGAUACGAGAACUGAGGAACCUGGGCCGAGUUGACCUUCGCAAAGACUUAUGGGAUUGUGACGAGGGACUGGGUUAGCAUUAGAUCCCAUCGGCCUAAACUCCUUGGGCACCUUAUGAAGUUUACACAACGUAGUAUUCUUUAUUGUUUCUGCACUGCACUUAAAUGAAAUUUCUAAGUUUCUUGACAUUUCUGCUCAGGAAAUGUUCAUGAAAGUGGAUGUCUCUUCAAUUUUUAUGGGGAAAAAAAUCCGAAGAGCAAGAGUAAGAAUCGAACCCGGAGGGUAGUGUCUGCAGUCCAUCACCUAUACCAGUACGCCACUGAGGAUUUCCUGGCGAAAAUUGGCUUGAUUUGAAGCUAUAUAGCAACAACCUUAACCCUGAAUAGAAGCUAACCGUUUGGAGUCAGAGCUUAACCCUAAUCAAUAUAGUCAGUGGUAGAAAUCGAAGCGUUGAGGCAUAGUAGGUUGUGUAAACUCCAUAAGGUGUCCAAGGGGUUUUAGGCCGAUGGGAUCUAAUGCUAACCGAAAAUAAAUUUGGCUUCUAGCUGACCGGGGCGUCCCCAGUAACAAUCCCAAAAACAAUUGCGGGACGCUUUUCGGCUCCAGGUCCCUACUCCUCCCUACAGUUCCAAACUGACUACAUAGCAAUACAAACGUUCAUUUUCUUUGUUACUGAAUUUUCCAUCGUGAGCAUAAGCAAUAACAUUUUUUCUUGACAGCAAUAAAAGGUUGCUUCAUGUCCGCGUCUUUUUGUCUGCCAUUAAGAAGGAGAGAUUUCCGUGCAACACCACACAUUUAUUGUGUAUCCAGCAAUCUCAUAAAUUUCACAGAAAUAGUAAAUAAGAAUAAAAUCUAAACAUGUAUGCAUGUGUGCAGCUGAGUGCAAAUCAUAUCAUAAGGUAUUUCACGUAUUUUAACGUAGUUUUCAGCAGCAUAGCAAGGUUUUGUUGCAGAGUUCUAGUAUUGCGGGUUCAAACUUUAAUAUCAAGAUUGGCUUUAAGUUUUGCCCCAAAAAAAUCCGCGAAUACACGGCAAACGUUAAUUUGUUUGUUAGCAUGCAUUUAAACAUUUUUUUUUUUCAUUUUUGCGUCUUGGCAGGUAAAAUCAGAACACGAGCUGUAAUCUCACACCUGGUUGAAGCGUACUGGGAUCCACUGUGGGACUGGCUCGUUGGUGAUAGAGAGGGAAUUUUCAGAUCCUCAGAGGUUAGAGAUUUCUUAGAAAAACAGAACAUAAGAACAUUAAAUAAAGACUUACGAUGCAACCAAAUGCAAGCGUACUCACUCAAUGUCAUUGCUAAAAAAGUCUCCAAACCCUCGGCUCAACAUUUUCAAAUUUACGUCAAAAUUCAGUAAAGAAAGCUUCAAAUUUCCUAACAGUAACUUCACUACCCAUUUUUCUGUUUUGUUCUCAUUUUUCAUUUUGCCGUUCGCCUGCUUGCUCCCCAUUCCCCGUUUUAAGAAUUAUUAAAUUAUAUGUCUUCUCCUUUGGUGAAACAUUCAUAUUUAUGGAUUUCGCGCCAAUCUUGUCACUGUGAGUUGGUUUUGAAAAGUACACUUACUCCUAAGGUAUUGUAAUAGUUGUUAAAUACUUCAGCUAGUGUUCUUGUUGAUGUUGUAGGAACCUUGUAUGGAGUUGAUCAUCACUCUUGUUCACAGGAUGGAAAAAAGAGGUUAGGUCCGCUACGUAACUGAUAGAGCCACCUUAAAAUCAAAAGGUCGAUUAAAGGAAUACAAAAUUGUACCCUUUAAUAACAGAUGUGGCGAGCAGGGUCAGUUGAUUUUGUGGGAGCCUGUGGGCCUUCAUAACUCAAUGUUAACGCGAUCAGCCGAGAAAGCCGAGGUUCUCCAGGAACCUCUGGUAAUCAGCGAAAAUGACCGUCGCGGUGGCUACUCAGAACCGAUAAUGUUCUCGUGGUAUUUGUUUCUCAACACUUUUGCUUGAUAAACCAAACGUAUUAUACAUUUAAAAUAAGCAAAUAGGUACGUAAAGUUGCUGUUCUCGUGGUAACGUCUUUCGCUGUUAAUUCAAAUGCUGUAAAAUGCACUUUUCAGGGCCCCCAAGAUUAGAAUUUUCCCGUGGGAAGCUCCCUGGACUCCUCCAAUGGCAGGGGGACGACCCCUUCCCUUCCCGUGCAUCUCUUGAGGAGUUUGUUGUUCCAAUCACUCUUAUAUCAUUUAUUUUUUUAACUUUUAUUACAGCUGACAUUCUUAAGAUGAGGUUUAAUGACCUGUUGACGAAAGCUUCCCUAUGGGACAGGUACGUAGUCUACCUGAUCAUUUGGUUAGCUGUUCCCUUUGUAAUUUUAAUGCAGUUUAUUUGUUUCCUUAAAUUUCACUUCUGUUUUGCAGUUACCAGUUGAGAAUUUGUUACCAGCUUUUUUGGGACCUUUGUUUUGACUGCCCGACCAUUGAGGAGACCCCUGAUUUUAGAAGCCAGUACUGUUUUGCCUGUUUGGAAUAUUUAUCCAGCUCUUUCAAUGGAAAAGGUGAAUGUUUGUCUCGCCUUUUUACAGCCAACUUACCGUCAUAAGUUGGUUUACAAGUCAGGGAAAGGAAUCCCAAAAGUCGCCCCGUAUUCUUGUUUUUAGAGAGAAUGCAUUACGUGUGACACUACCUCAAGUAUUUUCAAAAUCAUAUGAGGGCUUGACUGUGCACUUUUCCGCCUACGACCGUUGCUAAUUGUACCGCUAUGAAAACUGAUUGUAUGAUUAAAGUGCUUACGUCUUCUGUCAAUGGUGAAAAGUGUUUACCCUGAUUGUCCUGCAGUGUUUAGAAUUCUUCUGGUUCAAGACUUACCUCAGCAACUGACCAGCACUUGUUUCUUAUUCGUAGGUAGCACAAAGGAUACUGAAAAUGUAUUUGACGAUGCUUUGGCUCAUUUGGAAGCUAUUUGUAAGGUACUUGACACUGACUUAUAUUAGGAUAACCAUGAGUUGAUGCUAGUUUGUUCUGAUAAUGGUAAAAGCUCAGGAUGGGAAAGGAAAGGAAGCGGGUGGGAUUCCAGCGUUGUUUAAACGUAAACAUGUUUCUUCUAAAUUUAUCUAUGUAAAAAAGUCAAAGUAUUACUUUUUAAUGAUGCGCCUCUAUUUAUGUAGAAUUCAGACGCAUAUAUUGUCGGUGAUAAGAGUUGUGAUUCAGUGUGGAACAGCUUUGUAACGAACUGUUUGAGGUAUUUAUCCAUUUGUUUCAUGUUACAAUGUAGCCAAUCCAAGAAUUUUCAGCUCAACGCUCUUUCUGAUUCCUGUAGAAUUUGAGGUAGUAGUCAAUCAGCCAAUGAAGCUGUAAUGAUUGCGGUAGAUAAGUACUCUCAAGUGAACCACCUUAAACAUCUUUGGUUUGCAUUUAUAUACGAGCGUUGUUGUAUGCGCGCUUACCGUCAUGCGGAAUAAUUGUUUGCAUCAUAAUUAAGGGGCUGCCAACUUUCCUUACUUGCAGCCAAUGGCUGAGUUACGGAGGAACCAGAGAGGUGAGAUCGGACGUCAGAUUUUAAAGGCGCACUAUGCUACCUCAUCACUCCAUGUGUGAUCUCACCUCACCCACCCAGAUCAAUGACGGCACACGUCAGAUAGACCAUGACACCGGGGCCUACGUCUCCUACUCUUUUUGAACAAUGUCACGGGUUCUUUUCCAACUGAUGUAAAGGAUGAAGGAGACAAGGCCAAUGGCGUAACGUCACCGCCAAAUGACGCGAUAAUCUGUACUAAGAAAGGGGUUUUUAGUCACAGCUAGCAUGAUCUCACCACAUUUUAAGAACCUUGGAUAAUAGUCCCGCUGGAGUGUGAACUGAGGACCUCCCGCGCUGCAGACCGACACGCUCUCAACCUACCUGGCCGGGCUGCGGUAUGGUUGCUAUUGGUUGGUGCUUUUCUUUCCUCGCUCAAGAUUGCUGGCCUUCCAACCUGGCCUUUCGUCCUGGGAGCUGUAUUCUCAGUGGUCCAGACCAUCAUGUACCUACCGGCUGCUUUGUGAUCUGAUGGUGGGUAACCUGUUCCAAGCGUCUAGAUGGUGGGGACGGCGCAAAGAGAUGUCUGUCUGUUCAGCAUUUUGCGUUACUCUCACCCUUAUGAUCCCCUGGAACAGGGUAGAUGAUGGGCGCAUAUGCUCCUGAAAUCUCUAUUCCUUUGUCCCUGUUGAUAACAGAGGAACGAAGACGACAAAUAUUUGUGUGACAAGCGUGACAAGCGUGACUGUAAUUAUGUCCUUCCAUCAAACUUCACCUUCCUUUAAACAGAUCUUUUUGUAAAAGACCAGGAAAGAGUAAUUUUAAGUGAAGAUCACGACAAACCAUGCAAGUAAUCGCCCGUCACGUUUGUCACACUCAAACGUUUUUCCUUCUUGUUGCGUAAGCUCUCUAUUGUCUCGGGAAGGUCUCCUAUCAUCACAGUGGACAUUAAAACAAAGUUAAAACAUCGGUCACUACAAGAGCUAGCCUUUUUUGCGCGUCACGAAGAGUACGGUACGUGACAAGCUGUGUUCUGCCUUGUAGCAAUACAUUUGAACCAUUUCUGAUGUGAUUUGUUUCUUCCACAGGUAUAAAUUUGAAAGCGCCAAAGUUCUUACAACUUUGAGAUGUCUUAUUAAAGCAAUGUACAGGAAAGCACCGGGCGAAAAGAAACAGUCUGACACUCUCCUGCCCCUGGACACUUUGUACGAAAUGCUGAUAAGCCAUUCUCAAUUCUUGGACGUGAUUCUAAGUGACGGGCUAUCAGGAAACAAGGACGCAAAAGGUGUGUUCGCAUCUAACAGUAUCAAUAUCUUAUAGUAUCACUGUAAUAAUCGCUGCCGGUUACCGGCCAAGAAAGAUUUUCUGGCCAAGCAGAAAAAGAAAUUCAAAUGUGUCAGGGACUGGUUCAUUUAAAGUAAGUGACCAGGGGCUGUUUUAUAACUUGCAUUCUCUACAAAUUGCCUCCGAUCUCUAACAGUUGGUAUUACAAAAAAUCCUUAUGUCAUUGUCUGUCGUUUUCAUAAGUUUUAAUUCUGUUUUUCUCCUUUGUUUUGAUAGUUACUUUGGCUACGUUGCACAAUAAAGGCUGUUUUUCACUAGCGUCGGAGUCGGAGUCGUAAGCGAAGUCGUAAGAGCGCUUAUGACCUAAUUAAGAUUAAAAAUCUGAGUCUUAAGCGGACUCAUAAGGCCGACGGAAUCAGAGUCAGAAGAAUCAAAACGUUUCCUUUCUUCCGACUCCUGUUACGACUCCUUCGCUUACGUUCCACUUAUGAUCUAGUGAAAACCAGAUUGUCGAAGUCGGAAGCAGAAGCGGAAGGAUAAGCCAAUCACAAUGCACCUUCCCACGCAUUGUGAUUGGUUUAGUUCUUCCCUUUCUGCGUAAGACUCCGACAAUCGGGUUUUCACUAGAUCAUAAGUGGAACGUAAGCGACGGAGUAGUUAGCGGAAUCGGAAGGCUGUCUUCACUAGAUCAUGAGCUCUACGCAUCUGGUUACGACUCCGAAUCCGCGCUAGUGAAAACCAGCCUUAAUGAUCUUUAAACCUCCCUGAUUUUAAGAGUUAGAGGGCGUCAUCAAUUUUCAAGGUUUAACUAUGUUUUGUAUUUUUACAGAAUCCCUCACGGAGCUGAUGGUUACUAUAGUAGAUUUAAGUCCUAGCUGUUGUAAGUCGUCACACCUGCCUGUGCUUUUUGCAGCUUACUCAGCCUCAUUAUCUGUCACAGGUAAGGCAACGUUUUCUACACAUGUUCUUUCUUGACAGUCAGCAUACGUAGCCAAUUUUAUUAACCAAUCAGAUCAAGAAGCAACUGAGUUUUAUUCGACACAUAGGAGAGGAAAUAGCAAGCAGACAAUUCACGUUUGACUUUGGUUCAAGGAAUGGAGAGGUAUUUUCAAGCCAAUCGCAUCAUCUUCAUCAUAACCUUCAUCAUCAUCAUCAUCAUCAUCCUCAUUAUCAUCGUCAUCAACAUCAUCGUCAUCAUUAUCAUCACAAUCAUCACCCACACCGCAGUUCGCGUCGAGAUUCCCUACUCCUUCCUGCGUCGUGUCAUACUCCUAAUCUCUCCUGCCAGUGGUGGGUAGACCUCUCUGAUCACAUGGGCAAUGAAUUUACGGAUCAUCAGCUUUGCGUAACAGAUUUCGCGGUUUUCAUUCCUAGGCUGGAAAUGUGCUUUUUUAUUUACCAGCUCUAUCUCUGUUGUCCUGAAAAUGUGUCCUAAAUUGUAAGAUGUCGUUCCUGCGAAUUUGCUUUCACACCUCACUGAAAACGGUUUAACAUUGGGCCAGUUUGUCCCCCCUUAAUUGGUCUUUAAGGUUAACGCAUUUUUAGUUUCCCUCGUGACCUCUUUAUUCGUGCGAUCAGCUUCUGAAGUUAAUGCAUUUGUUUCUAGACCAGUGCAUUCUGUACUUGAUGAGUCUUUACGAGAAGAACCACGCAUCAUUUAAAGACUACAGGUAUUUUUAAAGAUUCUGAAGGUAUGGUCGAAUCUUUCCUGACGGACACGUCGCUAUUAUGGAUGGCUUGAGAAAACAGCCAACAUUUUGCGACGCGACCACUGGUUUCCCCGCGAAAUGACGUCUGAGAAACAAGUACAGAAAUUCCAUACUGAUGACGUGUUACUACCCAGAUUCUUAUUGGCUAAAACUUUGAUUUAUCCGUGCUCCCAUAUCAUGGAGUAAACGAAUCGACGAAGGCCACGUCUAUCCUUGAAGUUACUCCUCAAACUUCAAAAGAGAACUUUCUGCUCGUAGUACAAAGUAGUAGGAGACAGUUAAAACCCUUCUACGGGGUUCUAAGAGAUUUACGAAAGGCUACUAUGUAACAUGCAGGAACAGCCAAAGAUAAUUAAUUAAAUAAAUGUAAAUAUUUUUAGUGUAAUACGAAAAUGUGAAUGAUCUUCAUUCGGCAUAUAAAUUGUUAAGACAUUUCAGUCAAAUGGGGUAUAUGUCGGAAAGCAAAGCAGUCUUGACCUCUCCCCCCUCAACUGUUUUUUCUCAGUGGCAGCUUGAUUAGCGCCACAACAGUGUUUGGGGGAGGGGGAGGGGUGGGGACGUUGGGGAGGGAAAGCUUGCUUUUCCCUUUUUGAAGUAAGUAUUGUCGCCAAUAUUUUAGACUCGUCGUUGAGGAUAAAGUGUUUUUGGUAGUGUUCUCGUCUAUUGUGAGGAUUCGACUUUGAUUCUUGACACAUAUAUCAACGACUCUUAGGGUCUUUAUAACCCGUGUGCUGCUCUGUAAACAUGUCAUCCUAAAACAGUUCCGGUUAUUUUCUCGUCUCAUUACAGACCAUUCCUUUGGGGCCCCGCUGCUGCUAGCCAUCAUCAAGUCUCGAGAAGCCUGGGUCCUUCACUAUGGCAACAGCCAAGCGUUACUGAGGUCCUGGAACUGCUGGAUGCCAAGAAAAUGAGUCAGUCAACAGUUUUGUUCCCGCAGAGCAGGCUAUUGCAGGUUUGUGAAGGACUUAGUCAUUUACGUUUCCUGUUUGAGCUUGCAGAAGGAUCAUUUUUGUUAGUCUUGCAUUUUUACGCGAAAGUGUGAAGUGGAUUGACUGGGAAGCUGGGAAGGCAAGAGAUCCCACAAUGAUUACUUACGUUGUAGCAGGCAAGAACUAUAGCGGGAAGUAAGAGUUUGCUAUUUGGUGAAAAAUAUAUUCGCUUAGGGGACAAUAACACUGUUCCCAAGAUGCGGGGGAGUGCACGCAGCUUGAUCUCGGGAAGAGUAAAAGACAAGCUAAAUCUUCAACCUGCGAUCAUGCGUUCUUUUUCUCGGGGGAGCGCAAAAGAAAAAGGGAGGUAGGACCGCCUGAUGGCAGGUUAGCUCAAUCUUAAUAUCCUCUAAAAAUAACACAAAAUUACUUAAAUUGCGACCAAAAAGUUCAAAUCUUGCAUUCUAGUCAAGUUGCUAUAUGUUUGUUUGUUUAUAUGUUGUGUUUUUCAGCCGCAAGUCCACCGUGAGGUAUCGCAGGAGAAACCCCAAGAUGUUUAUGACCCUUGUUUCCUUCUUCCGUUAUUCAGUUGUAUUGUUGCUCCAAGUAAGCAGUUAACCUUAUUUUUGUUUUUUUGAUUUAUAAUUCAGUAUGAUAUGGAUUUUGAUCCAUACUUAAAACAAAAAUUUACCUGACAAAUUUCCUCUUUUGUUUUUUUAGUGCGAUUCAAAUAGGUAUGAAACUUUAUUCUGCAAGAUUUUCAUGUCACGUGAAAAAGUGGCAUUUUUAGAAGGGGAAUGUCUUUGUCAGUUCUUCUGUGUGGUACUGUUUGUUUUCAGUUUUAGAUAAAUCAGCGGUUCUAAAACAAAAUAGCGUAUGUUGACAAAAUUGUUCGGCCUCAUAGAUUACCAAGUGGACUGUCGAAAGUUCGUGGAACAAGGUUGCUUGAGCUUCACCGUGGCAUCUUUGUCGUCACGUGAUACACACGUGCGCCAAGCGGGAUAUCACGUGCUCAGCAGGUUUAUGACGCAUCUUGAAGGUUCAAGAUUCAAAGAGAGAAAACAGGUCAGUCAUUAGCUCCCGUGACUCAGUCCUAAUACUUUCCUACCAAGCCUGCGGCCAGUUGCGUAGUUCUUAAUGUCAGACGUAACAGCUGUAACCUCACACAAAACCUGUUGAGACACAUCGCAAACAUACGUAUUUUUUUGUGUCAUCCUGGCAAAAAUGGAAACCUUCGCUAAGUGAAUGCCUGUUUACCCCCUUAUCCAAUGUUUAGGAAAACUCGAGAAUCAUACGCGUUUGUUUUUAGACCAAAG